GCCGCCUGACCCGGCUGCCGCGCAACGGCGGCCCGUGAGGUUCGGACCCGCAGGGGGCGGGGCUCAGCGCGUGAGCGGGGAGAGGCGCCCAGCCGGGCCUGAGCAGGUGCUGGCAAGGGUCAUCAUGGUGCACCUUGCUCACCUCCUUAUGAAAAAUUAUCAUGGAGGACACGUAGCUAUCCGAUUGGCUCUUGGUGGCUGUGCCAACAGACCCUUCUUCCGUAUAGUGGUCGCAUAUAACAAGCGAGCUCGGGACAGCAAGUAUUUGGAGCAAGUGGGCUGUUAUGACCCGCUUCCAAAUGGCCACAAUGAAAAGCUGGUUGGCUUGAACAUCGAGAGACUCAAACACUGGAUUGGUUGUGGAGCACAUGUCACAAAACCAGUUGAAAAACUUCUAGGUCUUUCUGGAUUUUUCCCAUUGCAUCCUAUGACAAUCACAAAUGCAGAAAGAUUAAGGAAGAGAAGAGCCUUGAAGGCCAUAACAGCUUCUGAGGAAGAAACUCCAGGUGACUGAUAACAUCUAUCUGAACUGAAUUACUCAAAAGAUUACUGUACAGACAAGGAUCAGAACAGUGUGCCAGCUAAAAAGACAAUAUAUUUACUACAGGCAAAAAUAUAGUGGAUGUGAAUUAUUUCAUAAGAACAUUAAAGUAUUUUGAGGCUUUAGGAGGCCUCAGACAAGGA